AUGUCCAUAAAGGGUAAUUCUAGAACUCUUUCAAUGUCAUCUAUUUCCUCCCAUCAUAAAUCAAAUUCAUUGAUAAAUUCACCCUCAACAAUCAGUAAAGAUUCUUCUGACAAAAAUAAAUUAUUUAACAAAGUCAAUAACAAAAAAAUUAGGUCAAUAACUAGUGAAUCAAUUGAACAAUCAAUAAAAACAGAUAAUAAUUGCAACAUCGCUAAAUCAUUAAAUAAUAAAAAUACGAACAAAAAUUUAAUUGACUCUGAUAAAAAAGAUAAUAAAAAUAUUUUUAAAAAUUCCUCAACUAUAACAAGGUCUAGAGCAACAUCAUUUUCUUCUAUAAAAUCGCCUACAAUAAACACAACAAAUGAAAAUUCAUCUUCUAGACGAGCAUCAAAAGCAUUGUCGAUAAUAUCAGAUACGAAUGCUUUUAAUCCUUCUACUCCUGUCAAAUCUCGUACAUUACCUUUACCCAAUAGUAAAAAUAAUAACAAUAAAAAAGAAAUUGAAAAAAUCAUUUAUUCUGCUAAACAAAAACAAUUUUCAAUGAUUACACAAUCAAAUUCAACAUCAAAAUCAUCCAAUGAGUUUAUAAAAUCACAAAAUUCGGGUGUAAAAACAUCUUCGCCAACUACAAAGCCUCCUGCUGCAAGGAAAAAUAACACGACAAAAAAACCAACAACAAUAACUACUGCUAAUAAUUUGACAAGGAAAUCUUCAAAAGACAGUGAUGCAACAACUACUACAACCAUUAAUCAUAGAAUCUCCCCAACAUUAUCUACUUAUACAAUUAACACUGAAACUAAUUUGGAGGAAAUGGAUUUAGAUCAAUUAGAACAUCUAUUUUUGGAUGGUAAUCGUUCCCCAUCUUUAUUAUCAAAUUAUUCUUCAUAUGUGCCAUGGAAACCCGGUGUUCCGAUUAAGCAACAAGACCCAUUAUUAUUAUCGAAAGAAGAAGAUGUAAUUGGGACCGCUGAUUGUGGAGACCAGUCUCUAGUUUUAACUGAUCAUUUUAUUGAACUGGAUGAACAAAUGAAAACAGGAUUGAAAUUAAUUCAAGACGCAUAUAACAGAAAAUUUUCUUCGCUGUCUAAUUCAUUGGAUCUAGAAAAAAAAAAGAAGGGAUCAAAUAAUAGUGAAGUUUCACAACUUCGACAAAAAAUAAGAGAAUUAAGCGAUUCUUUGUUCAAAGAAGAGGAGGAAAAAAAUGAAAUUUUACAUUCUAAAAACUCCUUACUUGACCAAUAUAAUAAAUUAUGUGAUGAACAUCAACAUUGUUUAAAUAAAUCCUCUGAAAGAAACAAUGUAAAUGGUUCUAGUAGUAGAAUUAUUAGUGUUUUAAAUAGUGGUAAAAAUGAAUUACGAAAUUAUCUCAAGACGUUACCGAUGGAUGCAAGACGGGCUUUAUUGUCAGAAUUUUUAGAUUGUUGUCAUCCUCACGAUAUACAUAUGCAGCAAGCACUUUUAGAUUAUUAUGUGAAGACAACAUUCGACGUAAUUGGUACUUUGCCAAAUGAUUUAAACACAAUUAUUUUGUCACGUUUAACCGCUGAAGAUUUAAGUAAUGCUAGGCUAGUGUCUAGACGUUGGAGAGAAAUGGUUAAAGAACCAAAUCUUUGGAAAGAAAAAUGUUUAGUAAUAACCAAAGAAGAUCCUGUACCACUAGUUUAUCCAUCCGAUUCCAAACUAUGGGAAACCAUCUAUCAUGGGUUACAUUUUCGUGAAUAUAAUUGGUCAACUGGUAAUGUACAAACAAUAAAACUUUAUAAAGGUCACACAUCUUUUGUAACUUCAUUGAAACUCAAGAAGCAUACUUUGAUAACGGGAAGUCAUGAUGAAACUUUGAGAAUUUGGGAUAUGAGAAUUGGAAAGUGUACAAAAAUUAUACAAUGUAAAGCUAUUAGUUGUAUAGAUUUUGUAUCAGAUUUAAGAAUGGUCGCAGCAGGAUUUAAUGAUCAAGGUCGUGCUCAGGUAUGGCAUAUGGACUCUGGAGAAGUUUUAUUAACGUUGGCUGGUCACAAUCGUGGAAUAAGAAGUUUAACAAUGAAUAAAAAAUAUAUUCUUACUGCUGGACACGAUAUGUCAGUCAUUGCUUGGGAUUUAAGUGGAAAUAAAAUUCAUACUUUCAGAGGCUUUGGAAAUAUGCUUUUGGGAAUUCAAAUUAUUGGAGAAAACAAUUUUAUUGCAGUUAAUAGUGAUGGAUGGAUUCGUACAUUUUCGAUCGAAGAAAAAAGUCUAAAAAAUCAAUAUAAAUUAUCAGACAGUUCACAUAUUUAUUGGUUUUCAGCAUCAGGAAUGGAUUUAACUUGUUCUACAACACGUACAAUAUAUAAAUUAAGAUGGCAAAGUAAAUUUGUUAAAACAGGGCAAAAAACAGAAAAGGGAAUUGAAGAGGUUAUUAUUGAGCCAGAUUUACAAUCUGAUCCUAUUAUUAAACAAAAAAUAUCAUCAGUAGCAGAAAUCUUUUGUGGGGCAACUGAUAAUAACAAAGAUAGAAUUGUUGUUAGUACAAGAUUUAACAGUCGCACAAAUAACAACAAAAGCAUUUAUGUAUACACAAAUGAUAAAGGUAUGAACAGAUUUUGUGGUUUGUGGGAACAUAUGUCUGAUCAAUUAGCAACUAAUAAUAUGGGACCUGUGUCUAUGGAUCUCGAUCAUGAAAAAGUUGUAAUUGGUUCAGCAAGUGGGAUGAUUUAUGCCAUGGGGUUUGUUGGUGAUAAAGAUUUCAAUAACUAG